AUGAGCUUCUACGGCAGGUACUACGGAGGCCUGGGCUUCAGCUGUGGAGGCUUUGGCGGCCUGGGCUAUGGCUAUGGAUGUGGAUGUGGCAACUUCCGCAGACUGGGCUACGGCUGUGGCUUUGGAGGCUAUGGAAACGGCUCCGGACACAGAGGCUACGGAUAUGGCUCUGGCUAUGGAAAUUUCAGAUAUGGCAGUGGCCACCCAUCUUACUAUGGUGGCUAUGGCUUCUCUAGCUUCUACUGA